AUGCCGUCCCGAAGCGCGUGGAGCACCCGCGCUCUGCGCAUCGCCGCGUCCGAGCCUCAUGUCUGUCGAGCAUGUCGUUCUCAGGCCCGGUUCAGCUCCCGAACAUCGACACGUCUGUCCCCUCCCUCUCCCGUCGACAUUGGACCUGCAUCCCGGCGAAGGGUACUGGGGAAGUCAUGGCGGGACAUCAAACAACCACGAAGGACUAUCCGUCAAUACGCCGACUCGCUGGCAUCUCGAACCGCCAUCAAUGCCCCCUCGACGGUCGCGCCCUCGCUCAGGCAUCUCCACCAACAAUUGCUGCUCUUGCAAGAAAAGGCGAGCUCCCAUGUCGAUUUGUCCCGCAUCCAGCUGGCCAUGAGGAGUUUGGAGGGGGAAGAUGCCGUCACUCGCAUCGCAUUUCUGGGAUUGGGCGCUCGAGGGCAACAGGCGGCGCGGAAGGUGGUGCGAGCCUUGUUGGCCGACGCAUUGGGCGAGGAAGCGGAGUGGGAGAGGAAACUUUUACGGGUGGAAGACGGCGGAAAUGUCCUCCUGCGAUACGGUGAGGCGGGAGAGGAGACGGGGGUACAGCGGCGGAGUAGCAGCAAUGCCGUCGUCGAGGAAGUGCGACUGCCGGCUCCAUUUUUGCAGCGCUACAACGUGGAAAUCCUCAUCUCGGGAUGCAACUUGUCGUCUUCGAAUCUCCCCGCCCACGAGCUGCAACAGAGUCUGCUUGAUCCCGCAUUGACUAUCCCCGGAGCUGGUCGCGUGGGCUUUGUGAGAUUUCCCGUCCACAAGGCCGUGUUGGUGGCAGAAGGGGUGGCCGGCGCUGUGGACUUCGGAAGACUCCCAUCUGGGGUGGUGGAUGAGAAGAACAUACACGCCGUCCUGAAUCUCCCUCGACGGGAUGAAGAUGCUCCUUCCGAUUCCACCGCCGUCAUCGAUGUGGAUCUCGCCACCCACGCCCUCUCCCUCUUCCGCACCAGCGUCUCCAAUGGCGCCCAAUUCAGCGCCGAGUGGCAGACAAGCCGCAUGUCCACCCUGACCUCCUGGAUCGCCGCUGCUACCAAUCCCACAAGCAAUCUCAAACUCGCCGCCAGUGACUUGAUCUCCAACAUCACUUCCCACGCCAAGACGUCCAUUUCUGCGGCAGAGUCGGCGGCUCAUCUCGCCUCGACAUCCCUCACCAUCCCCGACGCCAAACGUACCUCUCUCCAACACGCCGUGGCCGCAUGGUCGCAAGAAGCCCACCGCGAUCUCCAAGCAAACCUCUCGACCGCCCUCGUCUCCCCGACCUGGAACCGAACAACCUGGUGGCGACUCUUCUGGCGCAUCGACGAAGUCUCCCUUUCCGCCUCGGAUGUCCUACGUCGUGCAUGGCUGGUCGAAGCAGAACAAAGCCUCGCAUGGCUCAGUGGUCGUGUGGUCGAAGCAGGAGUCGCCACGGCCGAGGAACUCAAAGCAGAACCCAACACCACCACCCAACUCCUCGACCCCGUCUUGAAGGAUGAGGUCAAACAGUACAAAUCUACCCAACGCGAAGACGUUCCCGUGCAGAAGAUGGAAACCGUGGCCGAACUCAUGCAACUGCCCCCAAUGCUCGCCAGAGUCAAGCAGGAGAGUGGAAUCGAUGCCAUGUUCGACCCGCCGUGGCCGCAAACCAUCCAUCUCGCGCGACAGCAGAUGCUCCAUCGCGUCGUCCCCAACAUGCAUCGCAGAGCGCAGGUCUUGAUGUUGUCGAGCCUGUCCACUAUUGGUGGUACCGCGGCGCUGGGUGCGUGGUUGUGGGUGGCCAGUGGAGGCGUGGCAUUGUACGAAGCGGGCGCGGUGGCGAGUUUGGGACUCGUCUGGUCGCUGCGACGCUUACAGAAGAAAUGGGGCAAGGAGAGGGAAGAGUUCGUCGGAGUGGUGCGGGAGGAUGGGAGGAGGGUGCUGGGGGAUGUCGAGGGGAGGUUGUUGCGCAUUGUGCAUGAGGGCGGGAGAGUUGCCGUCCGAGAGGAGGAUUUUGGAGAGUGGACUUMUGCGAGGGAGGCUGUCGAGCGGGUGGAGGCUGCUAAGGAGGCGGUUCUUAAGGGGGAUGUGUAG